AAUGAAACAAAACUGUGUGCGCCGGAUGGAGCAUGCGUACGGUAGUACGUGAGACAGACACUGGGAAUUGUAUCCCUUUUUUUUGGUUAAGCUAUACUGGUUGUGUGUAGUGUUUUGCAGAAAUGGCCGGAAUUAAAGCCCUAAUUAGCCUGUCCUUUGGUGGUGCUAUUGGACUUAUGUUUCUUAUGCUUGGAUGUGCCCUACCUGUGUACAACAGAUACUGGCCAUUGUUUGUUCUUUUCUUUUAUAUCCUUUCUCCAAUCCCAUACUGCAUUGCAAGGAGAGUAGUGGAUGACACCGACGCUGCAAGCAACGCUUGUAAAGAAUUGGCCAUUUUUCUUACAACAGGCAUAGUUGUGUCAGCCUUUGGAUUACCCAUAGUCUUUGCCAGAGCGACUGUGAUUGAGUGGGGAGCCUGUGCACUUGUGUUAACGGGCAACGCUGUAAUCUUUGGAACCAUCCUGGGAUUCUUCUUGGUAUUUGGGAACAAUGAUGAUUUCAGUUGGCAACAGUGGUAAAAGUAAAAAUAAAAAUAUGGUCAUGUCUUAGAGGAAUACAAAAAAAUUAGGAACAGCCAUCCAUUCAGAAAACAAAAACUGUGCAAUAAACUAAGGUAUUAUAACUGUCAUAAAGAUCUGAUGAUCCAUUUUUCCCUUCUGAUUUGUUUAGUUUUAAUCCAUUUUCACAGGCAAUUCCCUUGGUUGUAAAUAAUAUACAAGAGAGGUGGGAAGCCAGAAUGUGACAUCCGAUUUCUUAAAUAGCAUGUCUAGCUCUUUUAAACAAGCUGUUAAUGUUGUAUACCUGCCUAAAUAGUCAUAGUAACAUAAUUUUAAGAAGCAACUUUCUUAUUAUGAACCUUUAAGUAGCGGAUGUUAUAAUGACCUUUUUCAUAAGGUAUGUUUAAAGCCUGACAAAGCACAGAUUGUAAACUGUCCUAUAUCUCCAGGUUCAUAAAAUGAUUAAAUUACAUUUUGCAAACCUAUAUUUGGUUAUGGUGGUCGAUUCAGUAAAUAUUGCACAUUUCUGCCAGCUGUAAUAAUAAGUGCAAACCAUAUAUACUUUCAUUUAUCAUAGUGUACAUCAUAUAUAGUACCAGGGCUGAUCUGGGGGGUGGGGAUAGCAUUAUAUAAUUGAACAGGUUUUUUUUGUUUGUUUGUUAAUUGGUACUUGGGAUUGCUGCACCCUAAUUAAAACUAAACCCUAGGUUAAGCAAGCUUAUAUAUAUUCUAUAAAUUAGAAAAAAAGUCAUGUAUCAUUAUGUAAACAGAAGCCAUAAUUUAGAAUACCCACAUGCACUGCAAACGGAAGAAGAAGAAAAAAAAAAGUUUCAUGCUACCAACCAUAAUGUUAGAUACAUUUAAAGGUAUCCAUUACAUUUGUCUGGGUUCUUGUACAUGAAUAACAACAGUCUACGUCAGUUUCAAAUGGUAUUUAUUUCAGCUAUCAAAGUUUUGUAAAUAGGGCCCAAUGUGAUGUCGCCACACUGACAUCUUCAAAUCCAUGACUAGAGAAUAUGUAUUUGCCAUGUACUUGCCACUUCAUUCCACAUUUAUGAAUGAAAGGGACUGUAAAGCUUGUAAACAAAUGAAGCAACCACAGAUUGCAGACCUGAACUUAAAGAACGUCUUGAACAUUGUGUUGCAGAAUUUGACUGUAACAUGACAUUGAACAAUUUUACUACUCUCAUAUUCAUGAGCAUGAAUUUGACUCCCAGCAAAUCCUUGCAGUGUUAAGUUUAUUUUAAUGUGUAUGUCAUCAUAGCUGUUUUGGAUAUAUGUAACUUAAUGAAGUAAAGCAACAGUAAUAUUUUAAAGAAAUAAUAAUAUUAUUCUAAUUUUAUUAGGAAUCAACUGAAUUUUUUUUUUCUGGGGGGGGGGGGGGGUAUAUGGGUAAUUUUUUUAAUUCACACUAGCAUUACCCUUUUUAAAAUGUUUUAAUUAAUAUCAUUAUGAUCAUACAUUGAUAUUAACAAUUUUCACAUUUAUCACUGAGACCACAUUUAUCACUGAGACCAGCUUUAAAGGAGUACUUUAUUUAAUCUACAGUACCCCAUCAAAUAACCUUAUAUACAAAAGAACCACUGCUGGUUUGUUUCAGACAGCAUUUGUUAAUUUGCUGUCUUUAUAUGAAAUUGUUUGGUAUGCUUGUUUACUAAGUAUGUUAUACCAACAAGUGCAAUGUUUUUUGUUUGUUUGUUUUUGUUUUGUUUUUUAAAAUAUAAAUAUUUGUCCCAGCAAUAUUUACUCAACAGGAAACUCACUUUGGCUGAGAAGUGUGUAGUUGUAAGAAGUGUAUCAAAUGUUAUGUAGCAGUAUUUUAAUAUAAAAAGAGGUUUCCCUAAUGCAUUUCUUAACCUCAGUGUUGUAUUUGCCCAGUUUAAUUAGAAAGUGGUUUAAAUGGUUGGCACCUGCUUUUAUAAGGUGUUCAGCUUCAAAGUGGAAAAGCUUGUUAAAAAUCUGUUACACCUAUCUUUUUUUUAAAAAAAUAUUUUUUGUAAAUCUUUGUAAUAAUGUUCAACAAAAAAAGUUUAAUUUGUGUCAGUCAGGGUUUACCAUUAAAAAAAAAAGACUAUUUAUAAUUGUGGUUAUGUUAUGUUUGAGAUACGUCUGCAGUUUGCCUUAUAAUGUUGUGUCUGUAUUUUUUGCAUUUAUUUUGCUUUAAGCUUGUACAGCAUGUAGGUUGUUUUAACUUUUAAUAUAAGUUGCUCUGUUACAUGCACUGAACAAUAUUGUACUUGUGGUAAACCUGUAACCUUUUUGAGAAAAAUAAAAAUUUUGAAUAACU